AUGGCGAAACUCGCAACACCAGCUUCUGGCUCGAAGACAUCAAACCCUUCCGCACGUACUAAUGGCCAUGUGCGAUCUGCUGCGCUCGAAGCUGUAAGCGCACGACCACGCCACAAGCAACGCCGGCCAACCAAGCAAGCGUCUUACGAGCUCACCAACCAUGCCAAAGCCUACCUCGAGGGCGGCCAAUAUGCCAGCGGGUAUGACUUCCUCUACAGCCUCCUCGCCGCGGGCACAAGCAUAUCGAGACCCGCGCAGCCAUACAUAGGCUUUCUCGCACCGCCGGCAUACAUCGCCUUCGCCUCUUCCAUGGUCGCCGACCCUAGAUUCACCACCAAAGCGCAAUCGCGAGACGCAACCAAAGGCUCCGAUGCUGCGCUACGAUAUCUGCAGUGCGUGCACACGACGAUAGACGACCCCGCAUACCCGACUAUAAGGAAAGCGUUCAUGUUCCCAAGAGAGCGCAACAGGAGGAGCGCCCCCAGCUACAGGGCUAGUGCAAGCUUAUCACCCCAGCUGAGCAGCGACAUCAAGCGAAUAGCGGGCGAGGCUGCCAACGAGAAGAGCCUGUGGUAUCGCGCAGACGACUUCUGGCAUGCUGUGGGAUGGGCGUUCAAUUGCGCGAUAAAGCACAAGAAACGGUGGAGUCGGUGGAAACUGUGGCUGAGGGUCAUGCUCGACUUCCUCGAAGCCGAUUGGGAUGUCUGCGUCAAGCAAAGCAACCAAGAGGGAGCGAGCGACGAGACAACCGUCCAGCAGAGUCUCCUUUGGCACUACAUAGCCGGCGACGAGACAGCAAUGAAUCGUGCAAAGAGGCGCCGGAUCAUCAGAGCUGUACUCGCAACGGCGACACCCGACUCGCUCAAAGACUACCCGGAAGUCUGGGAGAGGGAGACAGCAGAGCCGAGACGUAAAAGAAAUGAAGACCAGCCAGUGGGUGAGGUUGACUUCGAGACUGGGGAGUUGGCGGAUUAUGGUAGCGACGAAGAUAUGCAGGACCCAUCGGACAACGGCGGGGAUGAGAGUGGCGACGACACGUCUUCGGAAACCAGCGACAAAGGGAUUAGGAACGUACACGACGCCAUAGAGCGCCUUGGCGGACAGGACGCGAUCGAGCUGCGGCAGCGUCUCAUAGCACUCCUCGCCGAAGUGGCCGUGGAGCUACCGGAACUCUUCACCCGGAUAUAUGACCUCUGCGACAACAUCUUGGAAGAGUUCAGUCAGGUCCCGACUAUGACCUUUCAGGUGCUUUUGUCUACGAUGAAGCUACCCGACGACAUUCGAGUCGCCUUCACCGCGAACCUUCUACAUGGUAUGAUAGCCAGCAAGCCACCGAGCUUCUUUCUCCGAGACCCUACUCAACAGGAUUUCGAAAAGACUCUUCUUCCACUGAAAGGAACAACGCAAAGCUUUGCAGCAAACACCAAGAUCUCACUCAUACUGGAACAGUUGUUCAUGCACAUGAUGAAGAACAAUGCUCUUGCUCCUAAUCCAGCUCUUCGCAAGGCUAUGGAGGCUGGUAUCCAAGCGCGACGUAGUGUAUAUGGUACGGGUAAAGGCAAGAGAGGCAACGCUGAGGAAGAAGAGCAAGCGAAGAAGCUGCUACAGGAAAGCUCGGACAGGCUGUUGGGAUUGCUUGAGACCGACACUAUUACCGAGAUUGAGACGUACAUCAAGGACCAGCAACAAAAGAGUCUGAGGUUCAGGUUGAACUCGAUAGGACUGCGAGUCGACCGCUCAACAGCUUCCACGUCAUCAUCGACUCCCAUACGACUCAUCCAACCUGGGGCAGAGGAUAUACUCCUCGGUGUACGGAGACAGUCUUUGAAGUCUACACUGCUCGCGGAGCAAACACCACACCCGCAGAUCAAUCAAGAAGACGAGUGGCUCACGUUGCAAGAAUGGUUGACUCGAUGCUAUGGAAUUGCCUCUCAUCUGGAAGAUGAGCCUGACGAUUCAAAGAAAGAGUCUCUAAAGCACGCAGUGGCAGCGUGCAUCCGUCAUCGGCACCGCACCGACUUCGAAUUCUGGAAAAAGACGGCCAAUGUUAACGUAUGUUUGAACCUAUUAGAGCAGGACAUAUCCUCAUAUAGCAAGCAUGACCUUACAGACCACCCUCUGGGGGGCCCUUCCAGGAAAAAAGCCGACCGCCACGAGUCAGAGUCCGCAGAGCCUCCAAGACUUACUCAUGAAAUCGCUCUGGAGAUUGAUGUACACCCCCGUUGGACACCGUUUCUCACUUGGAUGGCCGAAGAUCUUGAGUCACUCAACCCCGCUCCUCUUACAAUGGCCGACUGGUGGAAGUCCAACGGCCAAGCUUUCCAGUUCCUCGACCUUCCCGAAGAACUCCGAUACCUCGUAUACGAUCAAGCCAUCGGCCCCUACAUAUGUUUGUCGCUGAGCAAGGGCGACUCCGACGGAAACCAGCAUGUCAGAUUGUCGCGCCCCAAGCGCCGCUGCGUAGACAUACAUCGCUUUGGAAAAGUCGGUGUUGGCGAAAGCGAAUACCAAAUCCAACCGAACAUACUUGCUCUCACCUGUCAGAAAAUCUGUUAUGAAGUCAGAAAGGCAACAUGGGAGCGCACGACAGCACUGCUCAACGGGUAUCAUCACCCUUCCAUAUGCCCCACUUAUCCUCAUGUCUUCAUCCCCUACCAUGCUAUGCGUCGUAUCGAGCUCAACCUCUCCACGUCGGAUUACUUCCGCUUCCUCGGCCUAAAGUGCGAACGUCAUCAGGGUUUCGUCGAAUUGGACAACGAGAUGACACCCGCAAUCGCACAACUGCGCGAGAUACCAACGUUGUUCCAUCUACAUCUCCACUUCACCACCCGUCCGCCUAUACGGAUUGGUCCUGGUAAUACGUGGAGGUCAUUGGACCCUUGGCUGAAUAUCGCAGGGAGUAGGGGUACCAAAGUAGUCUCGUGUCAGAAGGUCUUCGUUCACUGGUUCUUCACACUGGCGUGGGCGGAUAUCAGACAUAUACCCCGAGUCACGUUCUCUGGUCAUGUUAAGAGACGGAUACGAAUGAUGUGGGAGUUCAACUUUGCUCUUAGUACUCUAGACAAACGGAGUGAUUCCAAGGCUGGAUCAAUCGCACGGAUACAGGCUACGCCGUGGCAAAGACUGUAG